CACUUCCACAGCUGGCACAUGCUUUGCUUCCACAGCUGGCAUAUACUUUGCUUUUCUUCCACAGCUGGCAUACUUCUUUGCUUCCACUGCUGGCAAGGUUCACUUUUACAAGUUUACUCGUGCUGUCCACUGCCCCUUCGAUCCAGGGCAAACUUCCAUGGAGGAGGAGGAGCGACGAGUGUGGAUCGACUGUGGCUCUGUCAAGCAGAUCAAGGAGGCUCUCGCAGCGAAGCGGGACAACAAGCGGCACUUCAAUGCGAUUCGGUUUUCUUGUGGGGCGAUCUGUGACCCAUCCGAAGACAGGGCUCUGGAUGUGGGAGAUGCUCCUGGUGAUGGCAGUUCGUCUGCUGCUGCUGCUGCUCACAUUGACAUUCUCAAGGCCGCUUUGGUACCACAGCUCGACAUCAGAUUCAUCCACUUCGCUGCCAGGGUCGCUUGUACGUUGGGCAUUCCCAGUGAUCGAAUGCAAAGGGUGGCAGAGGGCAUUGCUCCUCCUCAGCAGGGACAGGAUAUUGGCCAGAUUGAGGGGCAGAGGUUUGCAAAGCUACUGAUGAUGACAGAGGAAUUCAAGGUCUUGAAAGUGCUAAUAUUCUAUUGGGAAGGCAAAGACACCCUCACACCACCUCAGGAGCUUGAGUUGGCCUUUGCUCAGCUCGACUGCUUGACAGAGCUCUGGUUGAUCAAUGUUGGGAACCCAGAGACUCUCCUUAGCCAACUCCUUAGGAAAGCAGGAAACAACUUGAAACGUCUCGAAUUGCUGGCGAACAGGAUGACAGUGGAAGGAUUUGGGAAAUUGAGUAGGGAUCUGGCAAGUCAGGAGUGCAAGGUGGAAGAGUUAGUCAUCCUGGAUAAGGACAUUGACAAGGAAGGGUGGGAACAGGCAUUUCAGAGUGGCAUUUGCAAUAAGCUAGUAGAACUGAAGGCAUGGUUUCCAGAGGGGGCAGGUGAAGCACUCUUCAAGGCACUCACGAGUCCAAACUGUUCGCUGCAAAGACUAUUCCUAUUUUCGGGUACUGAUGCUGGAGUGUUGCCAUGGGUAUGCAAGGCUCUUCAGGAGGGCACCAGCCUGUCAGUUUUAGAUUGCCGAUAUAUGAGACAGAGUGAGGACCUGAGCAAUGCAACGGGCCUGGGUGAGGCCCUGAGCAGCGCUAAGUGUGGCUUGGAGGAACUCACCGUUACACUUUAUCCAGGUGAUGGUGGUGGAUGGUUGGGCAAAGCGCUACAAAAUCCCAAUGGCAAGCUGAUCAAGCUCAAGCUUGAACUUGAUUGUCCCAACGAGGGAGGAGGAAUGGUCUGUGGCAGCAGUCUGUGGUCAGCUCUCUCAAGUCCACAUUGUAAGCUGCGCCAUUUGGAAAUAACUGGUAUCUCGGGAAGAGAGUUACCGUUGGAGAUUGCCAAGGGCAUAGAGAAGAGCCAACUGGAGCAUUUGGGUAUAUGGAGGUGCAAAAUCACGAAUGGGGAGCUCUUUUGGAAAGCUAUCACCAGCUGCAAGUAUCUGAAAGCUUUGUCAUGUGAGUCGGAACUGCCAUGGAGGUGCCUCUUGGGAAGCAGCAUUGAAGACUUAAAUAUUCAAUUUAAGUCAGAAAUUGAAAAGCUGGAAGAGCUUUGCCAGUUGCUGGGGGAUCCAAAAUGCAAGGUGCGCAGAUUCAGGGCUCCUUAUCUUAGAAGUGAUGCACAGAAAAGACAAAUUCUGGCUGCCCUGGAGGAAAACUACCAAAGCCUCGCGGAAGAGCUUGAUAUAGGCAAUGAUUCCGAAGCUUCUGAAGCUUUCAAGCAGAGGUGUUCUGGUCUUUUAGAGCGGAAUGCAAUCUUCCAGCAGAGUGCAUUCAAAGACUUUGACAACCCGUCAACAGCAAAGCUCUUCUUGUGUGGUGCUAGCGGGGUUGGAAAAACCACAAUAAAAAACAACCUCUGCCGCAGAGUGUCUUGGUUUCCAUCAUGUCUCCAAAGGCAUGCUUCAACAGCAGGCAUUGAGCUGCAACCACUUGUCUAUGCAACCACCAAACAAAAGCUACUCAUUUGCGACCUAGCUGGACAGGAAGAGUUCCAUGUUUUCCACCAGUACUUUCUUAGAGGAAGUGAGAAGGAUCUCUUCUUGAUCGUAUGCAAGGUGGAGGAUGGCAAUUGUGAGGUUUUCAAGCAGAAUUUGGUUUAUUGGCUGAGGUUCAUUGCUUCACAUCAGUCAGCCUCACCCAAAAGGAAGCCCAGGGUCUUGAUUGCCCUGAAUUUUUUCUCUCCAAAACCAGGCUAUGACCCAAUGGAGGUGGUUUCUGCAAUAAUCUCUGACAAAGGCUAUGGGCAAGUACUUGAGCUUGGAAAUGAUACGGCAGACUUUUGUUUUAAGGUGGUGGCCACCCGAGUGACAGAUUUAAGGGGGAUAAAAACCAUGUUGGGGAGUUGCUUGGACAAAUUGCUGUCAGCCCAGCAACAAAUACCACGGGAAUGUCUCAAUGCAAAGAGGAAACUGGUACAAGGUGCAAGUCACAAGAGGUCAUACCCCUAGACAAAGUUGGUGAAAUCCUCUUGCCUAACAGCAGUUCCAAAAGCAGAGAAGCCAGAAAGAACAUUGUUAAAUUCGUCUUGCAGUUUCUACAUGAUUGUGGA